AUGUGCCGGCCACGCCGCGGCGUGCCACUUCUCCCACUGGCGGCGCUUCUGCUGCUGCUGACGGUGCACUGCGCCGGCAGAUGCCUCGCCGCCGCUCCCGCCCUGCGGCACCGCUGCGUGUCUGGGGAGGCGGCGUUGGGAGUCGCGCCGGCGACCGCGGUGGUGCGAGAGGUGCCGCGGAGGGGGCAGGGCGCGAUGCAGGCGUACACCGUCGCCACGCAGACUGCAGAUGGCGGCGACGGCUGGGCGCCCAUCCGCAUCAAGGUGUCCGCGAGGGACUUGGAGGACCCGCUGAAGCACUGCAGCGCAGAGGGGGAGACGCGCAUGACCGGGGAUGGCCGCCGGGUAACCUGCGAGGCGGAAGAUGUGUUGGGGGAAAACAAGAAGGACAUUCUUUUGCGGCAAAUCCUCCCCGCGGCAAUUAAGCUGCACGCCGAGCGUCUCUCCGUGAAGCCGGUGAGGGGUCUCAUCCGUAUGCCGGAGUUCGGUCUAGCGAUUUGCGGAAGGUUUACUAUUCCUGCCUGGCAUCGCAGCACCGGCGUGAGCGACGCCGAUCUGCUGCUCUACGUCAAUGCCCUUCCGACUGUGGACGCUCUUGCGUGGGCGAUGGUGUGCGCCAGGCUGGUGGAUGGACGUCCGUAUGCUGGCGCCUUGAACUUCAAUCCCCGGUCCAUAAAAGCCGAUCAGGAAUCUGUCCGUACUGCAGCCCACGAGAUUGGGCACGUUCUUGGGUUUGCAUUGGAAGAAUUUGUGAGGUUUGGCAUGGUGUCGCAGGUCCCCAGUGGGCCCGGGAAGGAUAUGGCGUGGGUGGUUACCUCGCCGACGGUGAAGGAGCUGGCGCGGAAGUACUACAACUGCCCCACACUUGAGAACAUAAAGCUGGAGGACGCGGGGUGUGCGGGGUGUGCGGGGUCGCAUUGGAAGCAACUCUACGCAAAGGAGGAACUGAUGGCUACUGUGGGCCAGCCGGGGUAUUACUCGGCACUGACGCUUGCGGCGUUUGCGGACAUGGGCGUGUACAGGGCCAACUUCAGCAUGGCGGAGCCGAUGAGGUGGGGCAACAACUCUGGCUGCGGGCUGCUGGAAAAGAAGUGCCUGACCGGCGGCCACACCGACUACCCCGACAUGUUCUGCAAACAGCUUUGGGAUGAGAAGAAGCUGCUCUGUACGCAUGACCGCCUGUCUCUGGGGAAUUGCUAUCUCGUGCGACACAAUCAGCCCCUUCCGCCGCAGUAUCAGUACUUCGAGGGCGCCAGGCUUGGCGGCAGGGCGGUGUUCAUGGACUACUGCCCUUACGUUAUUGGGCGUGCGGAGCAGGGGUGCACCAACGGCACGGCUCGUGCGAUUGUCGGCAGCUUCAUUGGCCCCAACUCCCGUUGCGUGAAAGGGAAUGACCUUAAGUGA